CCCUAAAUCUUUCCCCAAAUUUGCUACCGAGUCUCUCUCAAUUAAACGCCGCGUUGCUCUCUCUUCUCAAUUUCACCGGAGGCCAAUAAUGCAACUGAUUUUCCGACGAGCGAAGUAACAGGAAAGUUGCUAGUUUGAAGUACAAGUUUGCAAAAGGUUGUGUUGUAUAGUAUGUGGGUAGCGGAAGAAGAACCACAGUGCUCUGUCCGUGGGAGGUAUUAUACGAGGCAGGAGAUAGAGCUUCGUUCUCCAUCUCGGAGGGAUGGCAUUAGCCGGAAGAAAGAGACAGAAUUGCGCGGCUUGUAUUGCUCUUAUCUUAAAGAGCUCGGCAUGAGGAUUGAAUUGCCUCAGGUGACAAUAGCAUGUGCAAUGAUGUUGUGCCACCAUUUUUACAUGCGUCAAUCUCAUGCCAAGAAUGAUUGGAAGACAAUUGCAACUGUAAGUAUCUUUCUUGCUUGCAAAAUACAAGAUACCCGGCGCCCUUUGAAUGAUGUUCUUCGUCAAGCAUCUGAUAUACUCCAGAAAUUGGAUGCUUCUGCAUUACCAUCUUUAAGACGGAAAGAAGUCUUCAAGGAAUUGGUUUUAGGUGCAGAGAUAAUUCUGUUGUCCACAGUUGGUUUUGAUUUUGAGAUGCAGCUUCCUUACAUCUCACUUGUUGAAGCUCUAAGGAGGUUAAAUCUUCUCCCUGUCCUUGCUGAGAGGGCAUGGAAUUACGUUAAUGAUUGCCUUUGUACAUCAUUGUGCUUGCAGUACGAGGCCCACUACAUUGCAGCUGGUUCACUGUUUCUUGCUGCAGAAAUACAAAAAGUCAAACUUCCCAAAGAGGAUGGAAAAGUUUGGUGGGCGGAGUUUGAUGUUUCAGCGAAACAGUUAGAUGACGUCAUUCAAGAGAUGGUACAAAGUUUGCAGAAGGCAAGCAGAAAACAAGCUCUAUCUCCCAAAAAGGGGAAGGGAAAUCAGUCUGAAACUUUAAUUAGAAGGCCAAGUGAUCCUAGUAGCUCUCAAUCAUGUGUUUCAAGUGAAGCAGCGAUUGAUGGUCAUUGUAGGCACAGCACCUUGGCGGAAGAGGACAGAGGACUAGGAGAGUCUAUUAUGUCUUUCAACCAAAAUGCUAUAGAGGUGAGAACUGUACCACCACGAAGGAAGCUUUAUCAUGUCACACAUGUGAUAGUGGUAGUCCAAGUGCCAAUGUUGAGGAUGGUGGUGCUGAGAUCAAAGGUGAACAAUAUGAUCCGAACGAUAAUGCGAUUGACAUUGACCGGAUUAGAGAUAAAUUGAAGAGGCGGAGAUCAGGCGGUAAAGUUUCCAAUAAGAAGGUGGAUACCCCAGAUGUAGAGAUAGAUGCUGAAGCAUGGAUAGAAAGUGAGCUUGAAGGUGGUAUAGUGCUAGAAGAUGCCUCCCCAGAGAAGAAACAAAAGGAGGUAUUGUAAGGUUUUGAAUAUUUUGAAUUGGCUUUCAUGCCAUUACUUGUAUCACUUCCUCUGUACAUCACUGUUUUGUUGGGGAUGUGAUUGUUCUAGUUUGUAGCAUCUGCUCUUUUAUAUACAGGUGCUACUUGUUAAACUUGCUUUCACAUUUUUAUCAGUAAAGAAACUUCACUUUAUACUCAUCUC